GGGAAGCGAGUGGGGUGUGGAAACCCUGAACCUGAGCCGCUGCUGCCAGAGGGAGAUUUGGUAGGGGGGAGAAGUAGAGAGGGAAGAAACGGGUUGACGGUGAGGUGAGCAAAACACCUAGGUCGCUGCUCCCGAGUGGCACAAAGUUCUUCACAAUGUGGCUAAAGCCCGAGGAAGUGCUCCUGAAAAAUGCGCUGAAGCUGUGGUUGAUGGAAAGGUCCAACGACUACUUCGUGCUGCAGCGGCGUCGGGGCUACGAGGAGGAAGGAGGUGGUGGUCUGACGGGGCUUCUGGUUGGAACUCUUGAUUCAGUCUUGGACUCCACUGCAAAAGUAGCUCCCUUUCGCAUUCUACACCAGACACCAGAUUCUCAAGUUUACUUGUCAAUUGCGUGUGGAGCCAACAGAGAAGAAAUAACAAAGCAUUGGGAUUGGUUGGAACAAAAUAUCAUGAAGACCUUAUCUGUGUUUGAUUCAAAUGAAGAUAUUACUAAUUUUGUACAAGGAAAGAUAAGAGGAUUAAUUGCUGAAGAAGGAAAACAAUCUUUUGCAAAAGAAGAUGAUCCUGAGAAAUUUCGUGAAGCCCUUUUGAAAUUUGAAAAGUGCUUUGGUUUACCAGAGCAGGAGAAGUUGGUGACCUAUUAUUCUUGCAGUUAUUGGAAAGGACGAGUCCCUUGUCAGGGAUGGCUUUACCUUAGCACCAACUUCCUGAGCUUCUAUUCUUUUUUGUUGGGAUCAGAAAUAAAACUCAUUAUUUCCUGGGAUGCCAUCUCAAAACUUGAGAAGACUUCAACUGUCCUACUGACAGAGAGUAUUCAUGUGUGUACCCAAGGGGAGAAUCACUAUUUUUCAAUGUUUUUACACAUUAAUGAAACAUACCUUCUCAUGGAACAGCUGGCAAACUAUGCCGUACGAAGACUUUUUGAUAAAGAAACAUUUGAUAAUGACCCAAUCCUUGAUGAUCCUCUACAAAUCACCAAAAGAGGCCUGGAAAAUCGAGCCCACAGUGAGCAAUUUAUUGCCUUUUUUAGACUGCCCAAAGAAGAGACUUUGAAAGAAGUACAUGAAUGUUUCUUAUGGGUACCAUUCAUCCACUUUAACAUGCAUGGAAAAAUGUGCAUCUCAGACAACUAUAUCUGCUUUGCUAGCCAGGAUGGCAACCUAUGUAGUGUAAUCAUUCCAUUACGAGAGGUCUUAGUUGUAGACAAGACUGAUGAUUCCAGCAAGUCUGUCAUUAUUAGCAUCAAAGGAAAAACAGCUUUUCGCUUCAGUGAAGUUAAAGACUUUGAGCAACUUGUGGCAAAACUCCGACUCAAGUGUUGCACGACUUCAGCUCAACACCAUGAUGUCGGCACAGAGGUUUCUGCUAGUUCUGACUCUGCUGGUCCAUCAGAUCAAUUUGAGGUGCAGUCUCUGACAAGUCAGAAAGAAUGUAGCAAAACGGUGAAUACUGAAGCCUUAAUGACUGUAUUCCACCCUCAGAAUUUGGAGAAUCUUGAUUCCAAAAUGUUAAAAGAAAAGAUGAAGGAACAGUCUUGGAACAUCCUGUUUGUGGAAUGUGGACGUGGUGUUAGCAUGUUUCGGACCGAAAAGACUCGAGAUCUGGUUAUAAGAGGAAUUCCAGAGAACUUAAGAGGAGAGCUCUGGAUGAUUUUUUCCGGUGCUGUUAAUGACAUGGCAACUAAUCCUGGUUAUUAUGGUGAAAUGGUGGAGCAGUCCUUAGGGACCUGCAACUUGGCUACUGAAGAAAUUGAGCGUGAUUUACGUCGCUCCCUGCCUGAACAUCCAGCAUUUCAGAGUGAUACUGGCAUAUCUGCUCUAAGGCGGGUACUCACUGCUUAUGCAUAUAGGAAUCCCAAAAUUGGAUACUGCCAGGCUAUGAACAUUUUGACUUCAGUGUUACUUCUAUAUGCAAAAGAGGAAGAAGCUUUUUGGCUUCUGGUUGCUAUAUGUGAACGAAUGUUGCCUGAUUAUUUUAAUCGUCGAAUCAUUGGUGCUCUGGUGGAUCAGGCAGUCUUUGAAGAACUUAUCAGGGACCACCUUCCUCAGCUGACAGAACACAUGAAUGAUAUGGCAUUCUUUUCCUCAGUUUCCCUUUCUUGGUUCCUCACACUAUUUAUUAGUGUGCUGCCUAUUGAGAGUGCAGUAAAUGUGGUGGACUGUUUCUUCUAUGAUGGAAUAAAGGCCAUUUUACAACUGGGAUUGGCAGUACUUGAUUAUAAUUUAGACAAGUUAUUGGCAUGUAAAGAUGAUGCUGAAGCUGUGACAGCUUUAAACAGGUUCUUUGAGAAUGUCACUAACAAGGAUAGUCCAUUGCCUUCAAAUGUUCAACAGGGUUCAAAUGUGAGUGAUGAGAAAGGCAGUCGUAUUAGAGUGGAUAUUACAGAUUUGAUUAGAGAGUCCAAUGAGAAAUAUGGUAGUGUUCGCUAUGAGGAUAUACAUAGCAUGCGCUGUCGAAAUAGGCUGUAUGUGAUACAGACUCUAGAAGAAACAACAAAGCAAAAUGUCUUGCGUGUUGUAUCACAAGAUGUGAAAAUGAGCCUUCAUGAAUUGGAUGAACUUUAUGUCAUCUUUAAGAAAGAACUGUUUUUGUCUUGCUACUGGCAUUUGAAUUGCCAAGUACUGAAGCAACAUGACCCCAGUCUGCCAUAUUUGGAGCAGUAUCAGAUUGACUGCCAGCAGUUCAGAGUGUUGUAUCACCUGUUGAGUCCUUGGGCUCAUUCUGCAAACAGAGACUCCCUGGCAUUAUGGACGUUCAGAUUGUUGGAUGAAAAUUCUGACUGCCUCAUAAACUUCAAAGAAUUCUCCUCUGCAAUUGACGUAAUGUACAAUGGAAGUUUCACUGAGAAGCUUAAGCUGCUUUUUAAGCUGCAUAUUCCUCCAGCUUAUACUGAAGUGGAAUCAAAGGACUCUUCAAAAGGAGAUGAACUUUCCAAGGAAGAACUGCUUUAUUUCAGUCAACUCCAUGUUUCCAAGCCUGCAAGCGUGAAGGAAGCAGAAUCAGCAAAAAAAAGCCCUGAAAAAGGCAAAGGAAAAAUUGAUAUUCAAGCCUAUCUAACUGAAUGGCAAGAGGAGCUUUUCAAAAAAGAGGAAAGCAUUAAGGAUUUGCCACGAAUGAAUCAGUCGCAGUUUAUUCAGUUUUCAAAGACUCUCUAUAACUUAUUUCAUGAAGACCCUGAGGAAGAAUCAUUGUAUCAAGCCAUUGCUGUUGUCACUAGCCUUUUGCUAAGGAUGGAAGAAGUUGGAAGGAAGCUCCAUAGCCCUUCAUCAUCAGCUGAAGGAUUCUCUGGUACAGUCUGUGCUUCUGGAGGACCCAGUGAGGGGACUCCUGGGAGCCACCUGGAGCAAGAGCCCUCCCCUCUUAGGGAGGAGCCUCAGUGGUCAUUUGCAUUUGAACAGAUUCUUGCAUCUCUCUUGAAUGAACCGGCCCUGGUGAAGUUUUUUGAGAAACCUGUAGAUGUAAAAGCCAAGCUAGAAAGCGCAAAAUCUUCUCAGUUAAAAUAUAGGACCAAAAUGUAACUCUCCCAAACAGUAAUUGUCUAGUCUAGACAAGUUUACCAAGAUUGCUGUGGUUUAUCAGCUUGGUUCCAGGAAGUGAGGCUCAGGGAUUUAUCUUGUUACUAGUGCAUUUGAGUGCAACAACAACAAC